CAAAGUCAGUCCGUCUUUUCAGGCGUCGGCAUCAGCUUACCAACACUGUAAGGUAAACAUCUAGGCCUAGGGUCUUGUGUUAAAUUUGCUUGUAAAUCAACUUGAUGGAACGAAAAAAGAAAGCAGACAUUGCCGAUCAAUUUCAAAAGAAUGAUGAAGCAAACAAGACAUAUGCUGCUUUAGCUGUGGCAUUGGUAUGUGCAGUGAUUGGGCUACCAAUGUGGUGGUUAACAACAACUACGUACAGAGCAAACUUACCAUACUCACAAAUUGAGCAACUUGCCAAAUCAAAGAUAAGUGUUGUUGUUCCAACUGAUGUAUGGCUAUGUCUUGACCAAAAGCAAAGCAGAGAUACCCAGCUUUAUAGAAAACUAGAACAAAAGCUGAGUUUAGGUAUUGUGAGAUUAGGCGACCUUUCAAUUCAAUACAAGAUUUCACUUAAUGAAUGCUCUGGUAAAACUGCACAUAUCUUAUCAAAAAGUAAAACACUAAAAGAUUUCGAUAUGGCACUUACCAGUAACCAAAAUGAAGAAGAGAUGGCUCAACCUAAAUUAGGAAAAUCAGAUGUUUAUAUACUUUCUGAACAACUGUUCAAUUCCUCAAGCACUAUAUUGAGUCAGAAAAGAAGGGGUUAUGUUAAGUUUGAACAAGAUUUGGACAAUACCGUGGCCUUUGUUAUGCAAUUGAUCCGUGAAGUGUUUACAAAUGAAAGGCUAAUUGUUAAGUCACAUUUAACUUCAAAACAAAGUGCAAAUUCACAAGAUGAUAUAGAUAGUAUGCGAGCUUUGAGGUCAAAACCAGGUUAUGAACUUUCAUUUAACCUUUUGAACCCUGACCCGGCAAGUAUACAUUAUACAUGGGAUAUAGCAAGUGGUGUGCAAUCUUACUUGCAACCAUUUCUUGAUAAAUUGUCUGAGUUUGCUGACUUUGGUGUAGAAUCCCAAGUACUAUAUUACUCAAAGCUAGCAGUACAACCUAGAAAAUCUGGCAUAGACAAUAGUUAUAUUCUACCAUAUGAACACCUUGCGCAUGUCAUCAACCCAAUUGAAGCAAGGCUUGGCAGUCAUAUUUCUACAAACCCUGAUCUGAACUUCAUUGUAUACCUACCAACUAAGUCACAAUCUCCAUUAUACGUAAUGGAUGCGCAUGAUAACCGAAGCCUGUUCAACGCAUUCCUAAGCCCUCGCUGGGGUGGCGUGUUGGUGUACAAUACACCAGAGAACGUGGAGGACAAGAGUGAACGUGACCCGUUAAAGGUUGAUAUGCAAUACGUGAUGGAGGUGUUCGUUGGUCAGCUUAGGUUGUUGCUUGGUAUACCUGCACAGAAUGCAGAUAUGUUCCUUCAGGAGGAGAAAAACUCGGCCAUUACUGAUUGGGAAGUGGAUGUGCUAUUCCGAACUAAAACAUUAGAAAAUAUUGCAACAGCAUCUUCAACUUUGACUUCGCUCUCGCAACUUCUAGGAAAGAUUUCCAAUAUGGUAAUAAAAGACAAUGUUGCUAAAGAGGUCUAUAGUGCAGUUGAAACAAUCCAACUGAGCGAGAGGUUUCUAGCCGAAGGGAAUGUCUAUCGUGCUUUCCACGCUUCUAAGAAAGCGAUCCAAACAGCGGAAGAGGCCUUCUUCGAUUCGUCAUUGCUUGAAUUACUUUACUUUCCAGAAGACCAAAAGUUUGCUAUAUACAUUCCACUAUUUUUACCCAUCAUGCUGCCCAUCGUCUCAUCAUUUUACAAGUCAGUUAGGUGGCUGAGAAGCCGCAACAACGAUUCAUCAAAAGAGAAGCACGAUUGAAGUGAAAUGAACUGGUAGCCUGUUAGGAACUGGAAUAAUUAUGUACGUGCAGUCAUACAGCUAGGACGAGAAUGUGAGCGAGUGCACAUCAUACAAAAGCAUUCGUUCAUCAAAAGUCUAGAUCCUCUAAUAUAAAAGCUAUAAAUGGGUGUCUUCACCACCCGAAAAAAGCAAUAUAAAAUGCCAAACCAUAAUAAAAGUACUAUGUUAAAGUGUGUGGCAAACAACGUUGUUAUGCUGCUUCAGCCAACAAUGUGCAGCCAUUUUGGAGAUAAAAAUGAAUUCUAAAACUAGUUUCCUUUAAAGUAUGGACGCAUUUGUUGGCUGAUGCUAUGUGCGUCAAGUUUAUAAAAUACACAUUACCACCGGGACGUAAUGCUGAUCAAAGAUCUUAUAAACACAAGAUAGCGUUCUCUGCGAUUUAGACGUGCAAAUUCUGUAAUAAGGCAUGAAGGGCGCCCUCUUGCAAAAUUGAAAACUUUUGAACCUUGACCGCUCUGACCAUAGCGUACGCAGCGCGACUUUACGUUUACGCGUAACAAUAGAAGCGUCCGAUUUACAAUGCGCCCUCUCUUUAGAACGUAAGGAACAAAUUAAUGUACUUGGUAAUGAACUUAUGGCGUAACGCGAACACCCUAUCUCAGAUCCAUGGCAACGACUAGGAUGCCCUCUCCCAAAACUGAUUACUUUUCUGUGCCAAAUCGACGCUUCUAUUUGUCACGCGUAAAUCGUGGAGAACGCGAUCUUGUGUUUAUAAGAUCUUUGAUGCUGAUCCAAUUAAUCCUGGCAUAGUGGUGGCGCUGUCCUUUCUAAUUAUGUUGAGUUAUUGGACACAAUCUGGUAACAUGAUCUUGCCUGAGUGUGCUCACCAUAUUGUUAUAACUAUGCAUCUCGUUCAAUUUAUACAUACCAUAGAGGGGGUGAACAUUCAUACUUCCGUGUGCUCUGUAUACCCAUCUAGGGAAUUUUGUUUUGAUCUGCUAUUGUAUAGUACAGUAUUAUUUUGGUAUUUUAUAUCUUGAAUAAAAUUAAGAUACAAAACUAG